CAUUGUGGCAGCCUUCAUCUCUUAAAUUCAUCUUUGCUUUUCAGUGUGCUGAUCUCUGGAUAUCCAUCCUUGCAUCUCUGCUGAGGAAGACUCUGACUGCGUCUUUAAUCGGAUUGCUUGAGCUCCCAUGCACAACCUUCUUCUUAUUAGCAAGUAUUAGGUGUGGACUGGGAUUCUGCCCACUGAAUAAGUUCUCUGUUUCCAGAGAUGGCUAACAGAGGACCAAGCUAUGGCUUAAGCCGAGAAGUUCAGGAAAAGAUUGAACAGAAAUACGACGCGGAAUUAGAGUCUAGACUGGUGAACUGGAUUAUUGUACAGUGUGGAGAACAGAUAGAGCACCCUCCUCCUGGAAGGCAACAUUUUCAGACCUGGUUGAUGGAUGGAACACUGUUAUGCAAGUUAAUAAACAGUUUGCAUCCAAAGGGAAAUGAGCCUAUUGCAAAGAUAUCUGAAUCAAAAAUGGCUUUCAAGCAGAUGGAACAAAUAUCUCAGUUCUUAAAAGCUGCUGAAAUCUAUGGAGUAAGAACAACAGAUAUUUUCCAGACAGUGGAUUUAUGGGAAGGGAAGGACAUGGCAGCAGUGCAAAGAACCUUAAUGGCUUUGGGCAGUUUGGCGGUCACCAAGGAUGAUGGCUGCUACAAAGGAGAUCCGUCCUGGUUCCACAGGAAAGCACAGCAGAAUCGACGAGGAUUUUCAGAAGAGCAGCUUCGGCAGGGACAGAAUGUAAUAGGCCUUCAGAUGGGGAGCAACAAAGGAGCAUCACAGUCGGGUAUGACAGGCUAUGGGAUGCCAAGGCAGAUUAUCUAAAAGCAUCUCUCUCUGCGGAGAAAACACUCUUUCUGCAGCAUGGUCUGUUGAGGAAAAAAAAAAAAGAAAAAGAAAAAAAAUGCUUAUUAGUUCCUUUUCUGCCUGGUUUGUAAAAGUUAGUGCUUUCUAAGGUUUGGGGUAUUUUUGGUUUGGUUUGUUUUCUUUGCAGCUGCAAGAGCUCACCUAGGAACUUGGGUUUUUGUGGUGGUGUGUGUCAGUUCACAGCACGUUUGCACUGCUGCCUCCUACUUUUCACUUCUGAACUAUGCAAAGACAGUUAUUCUGUAUUAAUUUAUUUGCAAAGUGUUAUCGUCCAUAUUUGUCUCACACUGCACUUGUAUUUCAACCAAUAACCUCAUUCUUCAAUUAGUGAUGAUAUUGUUUGACUGAAGAAUAAAGACAAAAUAAAGAUA